AUGUCUCCCCACGCCGCGCAAGAUGCUGCUGCACGCGAUGUUGCGGAUAUUACUGGAGAAAUGCCGGAGCCCUUGACCGUCGCCGGCGUACCCGCCCGAAGAGCAAAGACAAUGCUACCGACCGGCAUUGCUGCGUCUUGUCAUAGUGACAUGUUCAAGAGUCUGGCAUGCUAUUCGAGACCAAAGGCGCAUCGAUGGGAUAAGUAUAUUUCGGUCGAAAGCAAAUCGCGAAAGGCGUCGUCCCUAAAGCAGGCUGCGCAUUAUUUGGACAAUCCAGGAUUGAUAUCGCUUGGCGGAGGCCUCCCUUCGGCUGAAUAUUUCCCAUUCGACGAAAUCUCAAUCAAAGUCCCAGUCGCGCCAAACUUUUCGGAGCAAGAGACGCGCGAGUCAGGACAGGUUCUCACGGCAGGCAAAUAUGACAUUCGAGAGGGAAAGAGUGAAUACGGUGUGUUUCAAGGGCUCACUAUGACGAUGAUUGGGCGGCCGGCUAACAGCAUACUGAGGUCGGUUGAGAUUGCCUUUUUCAGUACAAUAGUUCAUAACCCGCCGUAUUCCGAUUGGCAAUGCUCACUCACUGCUGGUAGCACGGCUUCGUGGGAUAUGGUGCUCCGUUUAUUCUGCAACCGUGGGGAUUAUAUCUUGACCGAGGAAUAUUCAUUUGCUAGUGCUAUGGAGACGGCGUUGCCCCAAGGCCUUCGCCUAGCCCCGGUCAAAAUGGACGAACAGGGACUUCUUCCUUCCUCCCUCGAUGAGGUUCUGAGCAACUGGGACGUAUCUGCACGUGGCGCUCGAAAGCCCUUCGUGCUUUACACUGUGCCAUCCGGACAAAAUCCGACAGGCGCGACUCAAGAUGCUUCGAGAAGAAAGGAGGUGUACAAAGUUGCGCAAAAGCACGAUAUUAUUAUUGUGGAAGACGAGCCAUACUACUUCCUCCAAAUGCAGCCAUAUAAAGGAGCGAAUGCGCCGCAAGAUCCUCCGCCGGCCGAUUACAACGAAUUUUUAAAGGCUCUUAUCCCGUCUUUCCUCAGCCUUGAUGUGGAUGGGCGCGUCGUACGCCUCGAGUCCUUUUCAAAGGUCCUGUCACCGGGUUCCCGUACCGGUUGGCUUGUUGCUUCCGAACAGAUUGUGGAGCGAUUCCUUCGAAAUGCUGAGACUUCUACGCAGAAUCCAAGCGGGAUGUCCCAGAUCAUUCUGUUUAAGCUGCUAGAUGAGGCUUGGGGCCAUGAGAAAUACCUGCAGUGGUUGAUCCAUAUUCGUAUGGGAUACACCAGCCGAAGGAACGUUAUGCUCGAAGCCUGUGAGAAGUUUUUGCCCACCAGCGUUGCAUCCUGGCAUCCUCCAGCGGCAGGCAUGUUUCACUGGAUUAAAGUCGAUUGGAGAAAGCAUCCACUUGCUCGCGCAGGAAAAUCUUAUGAUUGCGUUGAAGAAACCAUCUUUAAAGCGGCAGUGGAUGAGGGCGUUUUGAUUUGCCGUGGCACUUGGUUCGCGGCAGAUACGUCCAAAGAGCCAACGGAUAUGUUCUUCCGGGCAACAUUCGCGGCUGCACCCGCCGAUAAAAUCCAGCAGGCGAUUAAGCGAUUUGGAGAUACUCUGAGGGCGCAAUUUGAACUCAAAUGA